AUGAGAACCUUAAAGGCAUUGGAAGCUGACGAACAGGACUAUGUUCCCAGGGCGGCUGCUGUCACAUCUACGGAUUUUUAUAUAGAUGAUAUCCUGACAGGAGGAAAUACUUUAGAAGAAGCAAAGGAGCUUCAGUCUGAAUUAGUACAAAUGCUUCGUCGUGGAGGUAUGGAGCUACAUAAAUGGGUGUCCAAUCAUCCUGAGCUGCUGCAUGAUAUUUCAACACAGGAAUAUUCCUUUGAAUCUCGAGAAAGUGUAGUGAAGACGCUAGGAAUGCUCUGGAAACCGAAGGAUGAUCACUUGACUUUCAAAACAGCUGUGAACAAUCAAGAUAGCUUUACUAAACGUCAGGUGUUAUCUGAAAUAGCUAAGCUUUUAGAUCCAUUGGGUCUCAUCGGACCCGUAGCAACGAGGGCAAAAAUAUUUAUGCAGAGACUAUGGCUGCUGAAACUUGACUGGAACGAGGAAUUACCUCCUAAGGAGUUGUGUGAAUGGAAAAAAUUCCUUUCCCAGCUUCAGUUAAUCGAUCAAUUGAAUAUUCCCAGAUAUGUUUUAACUGAAUAUUCCGUUAGAACUGAGAUCCAUGGGUUCUCGGACGCUUCGGAAAAGGCUUAUGGUGCAGCUAUUUACAUCCGUUGUAUUACCACUGAUGGAAUGAAUUAUUCCAAUCUCCAUUGUAGUAAAUCCAGAGUUUCUCCUUUAAAGCCUGUUACAAUUCCACGUCUUGAAUUGUGUAGAGCAUUACUUCUGUGUAGGCUUGUGUCAAAGGUAAUAAAAGCUCUGCAGUUAAGUAUCGAUGAUGUUUACUUGUGGUGUGAUUCUAUUAUUGUUCUAGCAUGGAUAAACACGCCUGUGUACAAGCUCAAAACUUUUGUGAGCAAUCGAAUUGCUGAAAUUCAAACCUUGAGUCACCAAUUCAAAUGGGGUCAUGUUGCCUCAAAGGAAAAUCCAGCGGAUAUAAUAUCCCGAGGAGCAAGACACUAA